UAGAGUUAUAUUAUUAAGUUUUCUCAUUUUCUUUUUCUUUAUUUCAAUCUCAUUCAAGGCUAUGGUUUCUUUUAUGUUGAUUUUUGUUUUUAAAUAAAGGAUCUUUUUUCAUUACCAGUUCUCUUCUAAGGAUCCGAAUGAGGUUUUUGGUUUUGGUAAUAGAUAUGUUUCUUGUCCUUGCAUUGGAGAUAUGCUUUGGAAGGCAUUGAAGCAGCCAGCAAGUGGUGGAGAAGACUAUCCAUCGGUCCAUGCCUAGUUGAGUUCAGUGAGGAUCCUGAUGUUAAUGUGCGAUUUUUCUCUAACCAAGCACUACAGGCAAUUGAUCAUGUCAUGAUGUCUAGCUAGGCAGGAAUGGUUCAACAAGCGUUUCAAGAAGAGAUGCAACUUUUUGGAACCAGGCUAUCGUCAUCCCUUAUGAAUGAAGAAGUUGCACUUCUUCACUAGGCUUGGCCUCAAAGCAACCCAUUGCCAAGCCAUCAAGUUAGGAUCCAUCUCAGACCUUUGCAUCGCCAACAACCUCAUAUCAUUGUAUGCAAAAUGCACAGAUUUAAGCUCUGCUCACCAACUGUUCGACGGAAUGCCCCACAGAGAUACAGUGUCUUGGAACGCCAUAAUUUCUGCUUAUGUAAACUCUGGUCACCUGGGAACCACAUGGAAAAUCGUCAGUGCAAUGAGAUGGUCUGCACUUGCAUUUGACAGCCACACAUUAGGAAGCAUUCUCAAGGGUGUUGCCCUAGCUGGUGAGCUCAAACUUGGUCAACAGAUGCAUUCUGUCAUGCUCAAGACGGGUUUAGUAGAAAACAUGUUUUCUGGUAGUGCCCUCUUGGAUAUGUAUGCCAAGUGUGGGAGAAUUGACGAUGCAUACAUUGUUUUUAAGAGCAUGCCAGAGCGCAAUUACGUAUCGUGGAAUACACUUGUUGCUGGCUAUUCACGAGUUGGUGAUCGUGACAUGGCAUUCCGGGUGCUACAUUGUAUGGAGCUUGAGGGUGUAGAAAUCGAUGAUGGCACGGUGUCUCCACUUUUGACAUUGCUUGAUGAUGCUGAGUUUUGUUGGUUGACAAUGCAGUUGUAUUGUAAAAUAUUGAAACAUGGGCUGGAAUCGUUUAAUACUGUCUGCAAUGCUUCUAUCACAGCGUUUUCAGAGUGUUGUUCUUUGCAAGAUGCUGAGAGAGUAUUUGAUGGUGCUCUUGCGUGUCGUGAUGUGGUUACAUGGAAUUCCAUGCUCGGUGCUUAUUUGACGCACGAGAAAGAAGAUUUUGCAUUUAAAGUUUUCAUUGAUAUGCAGAAUUUUGGGUUUGAGCCAGAUGCUUAUACUUACACUGGGAGUGUCAGUGCUUGUUCUGCACAAGAGCGUAAAAGCAAUGGAAAAUGUGUUCAUGGGUUGGUGAUAAAAAACGGUCUUGAAGAUUCUGUUCCCAUUUCUAAUGCUUUGAUUGCCAUGUACAUCAGAUUUAAUGAUAAGGGAAUGGAAGAUGCAUUAAGAAUAUUCUUUUCAACGAAUCUCAAAGAUGGUUGCACUUGGAACUCCAUUUUGGCAGGAUAUGUACAAGGUGGUUUGACUGAAGAUGCCUUGAGGUUAUUUCUACAAAUGAGAUCUCUGGUCAUAGAAAUUGACCAUUAUACCUUUUCGGCUGUCAUAAGAUCAUGCUCGGACCUAGCAACUCUACAGUUAGGUCAACAGGUUCAUGUCUUAGCACUUAAAGUAGGACUUGAUACCAAUAAUUAUGUUGGGAGUUCGUUUAUAUUCAUGUAUUCUAAAUGUGGGAUAAUAGAAGAUGCUAGGAAAUCUUUUGAAGCAACUUCCAAAGACUAUGCGAUUGUUUGGAAUUCAAUCAUCUUUGGGUAUGCACAACAUGGACAAGGAAACCUUGCGCUUGACCUCUUUUACUCAAUGAAUGAGAGAAAGGUGAAACCUGAUCAUAUAACCUUUGUUGCAGUUCUAACUGCGUGCAGUCAUAAUGGGCUGGUAGAAGAAGGCUGCAACAUUAUAGAGUCUAUGGAGUCUGAUUUUGGAAUUCGACGGCGAAAGGAGCACUAUGCUUGUGCAAUUGAUCUCUAUGGUCGGGCAGGGCAACUUGAGAAGGCAAAAGCUUUGGUUGAAACGAUGCCUUUUGAAGCUGAUGCAAUGGUGUUAAAAACUUUGUUAGGUGCCUGUAGGUUUUGUGGUGAUAUCGAAUUAGCUAGUGAAGUAGCAAAAACUUUGCUAGAGCUGGAGCCUGAGGACCACUGCACUUAUGUUAUACUCUCUGAAAUGUAUGGACGAUUCAAGAUGUGGAAUGAGAAGGCUAGUAUAACAAGGAUGAUGCGAGAAAGGGGAGUGAAAAAAGUUCCUGGUUGGAGUUGGAUAGAAGUGAAGAAUAAAGUACAUGCUUUCAAUGCUGAAGAUCAUUCUCAUCCCCAAUGUGUGGAGAUAUACACACAACUACAACAACUAAAUCAAGGAAUUAAGUUGUUCAAUAGUUUUGUCAAUCAAAUGUUGAUAAAACAAUUUUUGCAAUAUGAUGGGAGAUAGUAAAGGUUUUCUCUA